GGAGCGGUGGCCGCGUUCUCCCAUUUAGCUGCGAGGGAGCGGGAGAAGCCGGGCGGCCGCCGGGGACCGCCGGAGGGGGGGGUGGGGGGGAGCCACUGUCGCUGCGGCCGCCGUUCCCUGCUGCUCCUCCUCCGUGGAGCGCCCUCCACCCCGCCCUCUCCCCGCCCGGGACCGAGUCUGUUGGCCACAAAAUGGCGGACGGGGAGCUGAACGUGGACAGCCUCAUCACCCGGCUGCUGGAAGUGAGAGGAUGUCGUCCUGGGAAGAUUGUUCAGAUGACCGAAGCAGAAGUUCGGGGCUUGUGCAUAAAAUCACGGGAAAUAUUUCUUAGCCAGCCUAUUCUUCUGGAACUAGAGGCACCGCUGAAAAUUUGUGGUGAUAUCCAUGGACAGUAUACAGACUUGCUCCGAUUAUUUGAAUAUGGAGGAUUCCCGCCAGAAGCUAACUAUCUUUUCCUUGGAGAUUAUGUAGACAGAGGCAAACAGUCUCUGGAAACAAUUUGCCUAUUACUGGCAUAUAAAAUCAAGUACCCGGAAAACUUCUUUCUCCUAAGAGGAAAUCAUGAGUGUGCUAGCAUCAAUCGAAUCUAUGGAUUUUAUGAUGAAUGCAAGCGGAGAUUUAACAUUAAGCUGUGGAAGACCUUUACAGACUGUUUUAACUGUCUGCCUAUUGCAGCCAUUGUGGAUGAGAAGAUCUUCUGUUGUCAUGGAGGACUGUCUCCUGAUCUCCAGUCAAUGGAGCAGAUCCGGAGAAUUAUGAGACCUACAGAUGUUCCUGACACGGGUUUGCUCUGUGACCUGCUGUGGUCUGACCCAGACAAAGAUGUGCAAGGUUGGGGUGAAAAUGAUCGUGGGGUCUCUUUCACUUUUGGUGCUGAUGUGGUCAGUAAAUUUCUGAAUCGUCAUGAUCUGGAUUUGAUCUGUCGAGCUCAUCAGGUGGUUGAAGAUGGGUACGAGUUCUUUGCUAAACGGCAGUUGGUCACCCUAUUCUCAGCUCCAAAUUAUUGUGGAGAGUUUGACAAUGCAGGGGGCAUGAUGAGUGUGGAUGAAACUCUGAUGUGUUCCUUCCAGAUAUUGAAACCAUCUGAAAAGAAAGCCAAGUACCAGUAUGGUGGACUGAAUUCUGGGCGUCCAGUCACUCCACCUCGCACAGCUAAUCCACCGAAGAAGAGGUGAAGAAAGGAAAUAAUGUAGAAAACACCAUCAGAUCUGUCAAGGACAAAACUCCAUAUUACAGUAUAUAAUAAGUGUGCACUGUAAAACCAUCCAGCCAUUUGACACCCUUUAUGAUGUCACACACGUUUAACUUAAAGAGACGGGUAAAGGAUCUUUAUUAAUUUUUUCUAGUAGAAGGAUGUGCGACACUGUAUUGUAACAAGUAUAGCUCCAAGUUCUAAUAUCCAGCAUAGAGAGGAAGAAAAAAAUUAGGAAAAAACUAUUUCAACUACAUAUUCACAUUUACCACGGUUUUUAAAGUUGACCAACAUCCCAGUUAAAACUCGGUGUAAUAGUUAAACCAGAUGAGAGCAUGAUGUUCCAUUUGUGUAAUGUGGUCUUAUUGUUGCUUGAUUGCUUUUCCUUUGGUUAUUUUGUAGCUAGAAUGAUGCGAAUAUGGUAUCUAGUCUUAUUUCCGGGCUCUUUGGAAUUGAUAUGAGGAAGGGGCUUUCUAGAACAGCCAUUGAUCUCUUAUCCUCCCCCUAAUCCCGUUUUUUCAUCGUAACGCCGUGUGCCCCAUUAUAAUGCAAAGUUUAUAGUACAGUAGGGAUUGAAAGGCAAACUGAGUCCCAAACACCCAGUCUGGACAGCUUGGCAGCCAACAUACAUCGAGACAGAAAAACCUGUCCUGACCUUUCGACUUAAACUGCUACACAAUGAAUUUGUGCACUACACUAUUUUAAAUUAUUGACAUUACACUGUGCAAUGGCACUUCAUUUAACUUAGAUAGGACAAAAAUGGUAUUGCCUAUUAGUUGGUAACUUGAUUAAGUGGUACCUUGGCUUUAGUUUUAUUAGCAUGAAACACCUUUGGCAUGCUUAGCUUCCAGGUAAUUUCUUACCUGCAUCAAAAUUCAUCUUACAUAGUUCCACAGAACAUGAAGAUCCUUAUUUACUAAGCCUUUGAAACCUGACAUUCUUUUUCAGAAGAGGGUGAGUUUAAAAGGAUGUUCUUCAACAUACAAUAGGCUAGAUGAUGGGUGAUGAGCUGAAAAUGCUACCGGGAUGUCCAGCUUUAUAGUAAGGCUUACAUCACUAAAGAUUCUAUCAUUUGGAUUUUCAUGAUCAAAUUUCAUGUACUAUUGUAUAGACUUCUGCUUUGUAGUGUACUAUAGUAGCAAUAAUUUCUGUACGUGAUCAAGAGUUACGCAGUAUUUCUUUUCAGUUCUCUCCUUUGUUAAAAGAAUUAACAUUGGCAAAUGGCAGGAUGUAGAGAAGAUAAAAUAUAUAGUAAGAUAAAUGGAAGGCACAGAUUUGUGAUGCUUUAGGAUGCAAUACUUAUUGGACGCAGCUACAAAAGCUUUUACUGAAUACUGUCAAAUUCAUAAGAUUCUUCGGGGUAAGGCUGCAGAUUUAUACCAUUCUAAAUGUGCAUCAGUAGAUGUAAAACUCUUGACUUCAGUAUUGUCUUUGAAAAUGUUAAAUUGAGGAUUCUAGUAACUUGUUUUAUGAACUGGCACAUUAUAUAAUACGAGAGAUAUAUUGAUUUCUGACACAGUGAGCAAGUUCUUUAAAAUGGAUUUAAGUCUCUUUUCUAAUUCCAUUUUGGUUUAAAUGCAUAUUUUAAAUGUAGGUUUUUUUCAUUUAGUAAAAGUUGUCUAAUUCA